UUUUUUUUUUUUAAAAACCACAAAAACCAUGGGCAGUUUUCAGAUCAUCUCUUUCCCCUAAAACCAUCUGCUCUCCUUUUCCCCUGUAUGUACAGUAUAUACUCUCUCUCUCUCUCUCUCUCUCUCUCUCUCUCUCUCUCUCUCUCUCUCUCUCNCUCUCUCUCUCUCCUCCUUUUUGACUCCCAAAUCCUAAAACCGCUUCACAAAAAUCUACUUCUUCAACACAACUAAAACAACUAUCAUAAUUCAUAAGUAAGAAGAAGUCGAAGUUACUAAUUACUACAAAUUCUUGUCGGAAUUCUCUUACUUGGUCGGGAAUUCGAAUUCUUUCGCAUCUUUUUUUGUUGGGGUUUAUGAGAAUUCUCGAAUUCUGGGUUUGAUUCUCUUAUCUUAUCUACAAUUUGUUGCAAAAUUUUCAAUUUUUUUUGUCCAAUUUAGGGUUUCAGAGUUCGAUGGAAUCGAAUGUGAUGUUUUCUGGGUUUAGCCCAAGAAUGCUAAGCUUAGAAAUGCCGCAGAAUCCACAAAAUCCAAAAACAGUUCAUCAAUUCCAGCAUCCUCAUCCUUACACAAACUCCAACGAUCAGCAAACUCAGCCACCGAUUAAACAACCCUUAUACCCAUCAUACGCCUCUGCAGCUCCUUCUAAACUCAAACAAUUGUCACCCAUCAGCGGCGGUUGCAACGGAGACGACGAAGAUCGCGGUUCAGGUUCCGGGUCGGGUUGUAACCCGGAAGACAGCGCGGGAACCGACGGGAAGAGGAAACUGUCACAGUGGCAUCGGAUGAAAUGGACGGACACGAUGGUUCGGCUUCUAAUCAUGGCAGUGUUCUACAUCGGCGACGAAGCUGGUUUAAACGAUCCAAUCGAUGUCAAGAAAAAGGGCGGCGGCGGCGGUGGGGGAGGGGGGAUGUUGCAGAAGAAAGGGAAGUGGAAGUCGGUGUCUAGAGCUAUGGUGGAGAAAGGUUUCUCUGUUUCACCGCAACAGUGUGAAGACAAGUUCAAUGACUUGAACAAAAGGUACAAGAGAGUUAACGACAUCCUCGGUAAAGGCAUAGCUUGUCGUGUCGUUGAGAAUCAAGGGUUGUUAGAGAGUAUGGAUCAUCUCACUCCCAAGUUGAAAGAUGAAGUCAAGAAGCUGCUUAACUCUAAGCAUCUCUUCUUUAGAGAGAUGUGUGCUUACCACAACAGUUGUGGUCAUCUCGGUGGUCACGACCAGCAGCCACCGCCGCAACAGAAUCCGGUUUCGGUUCAGCAGAACUGUUUUCACGCGGCGGAAGCGGGGAAAAUGGCGAGAAUUGCGGAGCGUGGGGAGGUGGAGGUAGAGUCGGAUAUGGCGGAGGAUUCGGAGUCGGAGUCGGAGAUGGAGGAAUCAGAGGAGGAGGAAGAAGAAGAGACGACGAAGAAGAAGCGGAGGAAGGUACUGACGAUGGCGGUGAAGCGGUUGAGGGAAGAAGCGGCGCGUGUAAUGGAAGAUGUUGGGAAGAGCGUGUGGGAGAAGAAAGAGUGGAUGAGGAGAAAGAUGUUGGAGGUAGAGGAGAAGAAGAUUGGGUAUGAGUGGGAAGGGGUUGAGAUGGAGAAGCAGAGAGUGAAGUGGUUGAGAUAUAGGAGCAAGAAAGAGAGAGAGAUGGAGAAAGCUAAGCUUGAUAAUCAGAGACGGAGGCUUGAGACGGAGAGGAUGGUUUUGAUGUUACGGCGGAGUGAGAUUGAGUUGAAUGAGUUACAACAGUCUUCGGGUAAACGGGUUGACCCGAGUUCCGCCGCCACCAGAUGAUGUUGAUUAAUGAUGUGUUUAUUUUAUUAUGGUCUUAGGUUUUUCUUUUUAGUGUUUUUGGAUUUAGAUUUUGUAACUUUGUAGUUUUUUCCUAGUGUGGAGGAUGUUUAGGAUUCAGGCACUAUUAAUCAGCAUAUUAAAAUCAGUUCAUUUGGUAAA